CUGCUAAAAAUAGUUUAGUUGUAACUCAUGAAUGUCUUUUGUUUGCUUCAGUGCAACUUGGUAGGUGCUGUUUAAUUAACACCAGUCAAAUUUCACUGCAAUACACAACUGCAUGUGUAUGUAAUUCCUCUACAGUAGUAGUAAGCUUAAAAUGCUACACAAUUUUUCAUCUCUGGUUGUAGACAAAGUGAUAUGACAUUAUAAUAGCAGCAAGUAGCAAACAAUUAUUACUUGAAACAAACAAGCCACAUUGGACAUGCCUAGAAUAGAGAUAAGUCUAGCAGUGAUAACUACAAUACAAUAUAUCUGAAUAUCUGAAUUAAUAGACAAUAUACAAACUAUGCCAUACAAUUUGAUUUAUACAAUCGGUGCUCUAGUGCACUACAAAUUUAUGUUGCACUCAUUAGGUUCCCAGAGUUCCAGUUGGUGUUGAAGCUGGUACGUACAUGCAACAUGAGCACAUCAGGUUAUUUGUUCUACCACAAUACUAAUAAAUCUUUGCUGUUUUGUGAUUCUGAGAAGUGGGUUGAGAUGUGGAAAGUAUACAUAUCUUGUUCUGUAAUUAAGAUCAACUCUAUUCAGUUUGUGCAGAAGGUCCACUCUCUCCCACCUGUAAAGGUUUAUUGUGAUUAUUCUGUGAUCUCUAGUGGGUGUGCACUUGUGUGGAAACACUCAUAUUUUCAAGUUGGAAAUCCAACUGAUGACAUGCGUACUUUCAGUUCAGUGGAUCGUCCAUGUACUGAUCUGUCUGAUGGUUGGUGUAAUGUGGGUAACAAGGAUAAUGUUCCUGGUAAUGUUCAAUUGACAGUUGCUUAUCACGAAGGAGAAGUUGUGUAUGCAUAUGGUGGUGAUCAUAAUUCUGAACUGGGAAAGUCAUGGCGUGGAGCAAUACUCAACAAUCCAGUCAAAAUUACAGAUCAUUGCAAUCGAGGAAAUGGGAUUCCUCCGUAGCCAACUAUUUGGUCAGGUGGAAUACAAGGAUUGACAUUUGACAAAUGGAAUCCUGGUGUAUACAAUGCUAACUGUGAAACAGAUCGAUACAAGAGUAUGAGAGACUGUCGCUGGGAGAAUUGUCAGUUACCUUCAUCUAUCUCAUCCAGAAAACAUCGUGUUCAAAUGACAGUUGCUAUAUUUCUUUGUUGACUUUGCCCACAGCACUCUAUGGGGUAGUUGCAUGUUAAAUUGAUCUUGUUGCAUUGUAUGAAAUGUAACAUCUAGUAUUGUGAAUCUUGGGCUUUCUUGUCAGGACCUCACAGCAUCAUUUGCUUUUGUUGUGUUUCUGAUUUCCAACCAUAAAAGUUUAUUACAUGCAAAAUUGUAAUAACAAAUUGUUUUUGUUUUGCGUUGUAGCUUACAUGGUAAAUGGUAAUAGAAUACUUGAAUAAAG